UGUGAAAAGAGUACCAGCCAAGUGAGGCAGACAUUCUCCUCUCAUUGUCCAGUCCUGGGAAAUUUUAGACAUUUCAAAACACAAAGGUGACACGUCGCUCUUUGUAGAAUUUUUUCAAAAUCAUUUUGGAGCCUAAUGGAGACAUCAGAUUGAGUGGUUUGGGGUCUGUGGAUAUCCUCUUGGGACUGGAAGGCAAGCUACUCAACCUGGGUGCAACAUGAAGAUUUGAUCGCCUGCAGUUUUAGAUGAUGAGUCAUUCAGGAGGCGAUGCCAGCAAGCCCAGAGAACAUCCCCCUGGGAGAGUGCACCCUCUCCCAGUCCAGGGACCAGCUAACGCCCCCGAGCCGCACAGAGAGCACUGUGUUUAGCCUCUCACGCAGCGAGUCCCUCUGGACCAACGAGACCUCUCGCAGCAAGUGUGAGGUUUUUUGGUUCCCCAUACACCUCAUGUCCACUGGGGGCAGCUUCCUGGUGUGCGGCAUCAUCAUCAGCGGGCUUUACUUUGCCGGCCACUGCAAGAAGGUCACCAGCAUCCUGGGACCAGGCCUGUUGUCCAUUGGCCUGAUGAUUUUUGUUGUGGGUGUGGUCCUCAUUCCCAUCACAAAGGAGAACAGGAAACAGCUGAACGUGAAGAAGCCUCACAGUUACUACAGGCCUCCCAUAUUCAAUGUGUGAUGCUUGGAUGUAAUGCUAAAUGGGGACCUUUACCUUUAACAGUGCACUGGAUUAAAAUGUAGCUUGUCAGCAUGGAAACCUCUGUGGGAAACAAUUAUUUAAAGCUGCUGCGUGGUGACAUUUAUGUUCAUUUCUCUGAUUUACACUAAGCACUUAUGCUAGUCUCAAGUGUGCAUGACAACAUUUGCAUUAAUAACCAUGACUGUCAAAAAGAAGGUGAGAGCACAAGGACAACAAUGUGCUGUGUAAAAUGCAAUUAUUCACACAGAAUUUAGUGAGAAGGACGCUGAAAAGCAAACUGUCUUCAUGAAUAUUUAUGAGGGAAAAAUGGACAAGGGGGGG